GCCGCCGCCGCCCAUUGGCCGGCCGCGGAGUGUCGGUGAAGUCAGCUCGGAGUAGCAGAAAAACAGAGCGGGGCUGACUGCAGCGUGGAGCGCGAGCCGGGCUGGACGCGCGCAGCCCUCGCCGGAGACCCGCGAGGAAUUGAUAUCCACUGGAAGAACCUGCAACCCUCUCUCUGCCCAGAGCUCCAGGACCAAUGUGUCUUCCCACCGCCUUAAACCACUGAGCCAUCCGAAGCUGCAGCUUUAGAAGACUUGGCCCACUACCAGCAUGAGUUCUGAAUAUGAUGCCGGAAGCUCUAAAGCUGUUGUGAAUGGCUUGGCACCCGGCAGCCAUGGGCAAGACAAAGCAACUGCCGACCCUUUACGUGUUCGCUCUAUUUCUGCUGUUAAAAUAAUUCCCGUGAAGACAGUGAAAAGCCCUUCAGGCCUGGUACUCCCUCCAGACAUGGACCCUACAAAAAUCUGCACUGGAAAAGGAACAGUGACUCUUCGGGCCUCGCCUUCCUACAGGGAAACCCCAAGCAGCAGCCCUGUGAGCCCUCAGGACUCUCCGAAGCAUGAGAGCAAGUCAGGCCUGGAGCCAGAGGACCCUCCAGCAGAGGAGUGGAGACUUUCAUCCAGUGCCGAUGCCAAUGGCAACGCCCAGCCCUCCCCACUUGCUGCCAAGGGCUAUAGAAGCGUACAUCCCAGCCUUUCUACUGACAAGCCCCAGGAUGCCACCUCCUCCAGCCAAGCCUCGUCUGAGGUAAUAGUUGUCCCUCUCUACCUGGUUAAUACUGACAGAGGGCAAGAAGGCACUGCCACUACUCCGGCAUCUCUGGGGCCACUUGACUGCGUCCACACCAUCCCGGCGACCACCCCUGCUGCCUCACCUUUGACCUUCCCCACACUAGAUGAUUUCAUUCCCCCUCAUCUGCAGAGGCGGCCCCACCACAGCCAGCCAGCCAGUGCUUGUGGCUCCCUCCCCCCUGCUAGCCAGAGGCCACCACCCUCACCACCACCUCCGCUGGUCCCUCCCAUACCGGAGGACCUCCACAGAGGCUUGGAGCCUGACCUCCCGGGAGCUGUCUCAAGUACCGAUGGCAGUCCUUUAUUAAAUGAAGUCUCUUCUUCCCAUAUUGAAACUGAUUCCCAAGCCUUCCUUCCAACAAGCAAACCGUCAUCUGCCUACCCCUCCACCACAAUCGUCAACCCCACCAUAGUGCUCUUGCAGCACAAUCGAGAACAGCAAAAACGACUCAGUAGUCUUUCAGAUUCUGCCUCAGAGAGAAGAGCGGGAGAGCAAGACUCGGUGCCAAUCCCAGCAGAACUCACCUCGCCCAGCAGGGCCCCGGAAAGGAGAGCAAAAGAUGACAGCAGCAGGCGGGUGGUGAAGAGCGCACAGGACCUAAGCAAUGUGUCUAUGGAUGAAGUGGGCAUCCCACUCCGGAAUACCGAGAGAUCGAAAGACUGGUACAAAACCAUGUUUAAACAGAUCCACAAGCUGAACAGAGACACUCCUGAAGAAAACCCUUAUUUCCCUACCUACAAAUUCCCUGAACUUCCUGAAAUCCUGCAAAAUUCUGAAGAGGACAACCCUUACACUCCUACCUACCGGUUUCCUGCAUCUACUCCUAGUCCUAAAUCUGAAGAUGAUGAUUCUGAUCUGCACUCCCCUCGAUAUUCCUUCUCUGAAGACACAAAGUCUCCCCUUUCUGUGCCUCGCUCAAAAAGUGAGAUGAACUACAUUGACGGGGAGAAAGUAGUGAAGAGGUCGGCCACACUACCCCUCCCAGCCCGCUCGUCUUCACUGAAGUCCAGCCCAGAGAGAAACGACUGGGAGCCCCCAGAUAAGAAAGUGGAUACAAGAAAAUACCGAGCAGAGCCCAAAAGCAUUUACGAAUAUCAGCCGGGCAAGUCUUCUGUUCUGACCAAUGAGAAGAUGAGUCGGGAUAUAAGCCCAGAAGAGAUAGAUUUAAAGAAUGAACCUUGGUAUAAAUUCUUUUCGGAAUUGGAGUUUGGGAAACCGCCUCCCAAAAAGAUAUGGGACUAUACUCCUGGAGACUGCUCUAUCCUUCCUAGAGAGGAUAGAAAGACUAAUCUAGAAAAAGAUCUCAACUUCUGCCAAGCAGAGUUAGAGGCAGAUUUAGACAAAGUGGAGGCGGUUAAUAAGUCACCCAGUGCAAACUCACCACAGAGCUCUGCAGUCAGCCCGACUCCAGACGUUACCUCAGAGCCUCCUGGAUAUAUAUAUUCUUCCAACUUCCAUGCAGUGAAGAGAGAACCAGAUGGGACCCCCGGGGUUCUUGCUAGCUUGGAGAACGAGAGGCAGAUUUAUAAAAGUGUCUUGGAAGGUGGCGACAUCCCUCUUCAGGGCCUGAGUGGGCUCAAGCGACCCUCCAGCUCAGCUUCCACUAAAGAUUCAGAGUCACCAAGACAUUUUAUACCAGCUGAUUACUUGGAGUCUGCGGAAGAGUUUAUCCGGAGACGGCAAGAUGAUAAAGAGAAACUUUUAGCGGACCAGAGACGACUUAAGCGCGAGCAAGAAGAGGCCGAUAUUGCAGCUCGACGCCACACGGGUGUCAUCCCGACGCAUCAUCAGUUUAUCACUAAUGAGCGCUUUGGGGACCUCCUCAAUAUAGAUGAUACUGCAAAAAGGAAAUCUGGGUUAGAGAUGAGACCUGCCCGAGCCAAGUUUGACUUUAAAGCACAGACACUGAAGGAGCUGCCUCUGCAGAAGGGAGACAUUGUUUACAUCUACAAACAGAUUGAUCAGAACUGGUACGAAGGUGAACACCAUGGCCGGGUGGGAAUCUUCCCACGCACCUACAUUGAGCUUCUUCCUCCAGCUGAGAAGGCUCAGCCCAGGAAGUUGGCGCCUGUGCAGGUUUUGGAAUAUGGAGAAGCCAUUGCUAAGUUUAAUUUUAAUGGUGAUACACAAGUAGAAAUGUCCUUCCGAAAGGGUGAGAGGAUUACACUGCUCCGACAGGUGGAUGAGAACUGGUACGAAGGGAGGAUUCCUGGGACGUCCCGCCAAGGCAUCUUCCCCAUCACCUAUGUGGAUGUGCUUAAGAGGCCAUUGGUGAAAAACCCAGUGGAUUACAUCGACCUGCCUUAUUCUUCCUCCCCAAGUCGCAGUGCCACUGCGAGCCCACAGUGUACUAGUCACAGCCAGCUCAUCAUGCCAGCCCCUUCAUCACUGCCCCACUCCCGCCGAGCCCUGUCCCCUGAGAUGCACGCCAUCACCUCUGAGUGGAUCUCGCUGACUGUUGGGGUCCCGGGCAGGCGUUCUCUGGCCAUGACACCACCCUUGCCUCCUCUGCCUGAGGCUUCUGUGUAUGACACGGACCACUUGGCCUUGUCAGCAAGGGCCCGUCCCUCCUUGCCACUCAGCCUCCCCUACUCAAGUCUGUCAGAUCACUCCACCUUGCGCUCAGUGGUUUCCCCACUGGCCCUGCCUCCACCCCACAGAGCCUCCUCCCUGGCACCCAGUACCCAGGCUCCUCUUCACGUCAAUGGAGAUGGUGGUAUUCACCUCCACCAAGAUGGCUUCUCUCAGCCACCACUUGGACACUCUGAUAGGGUCAUCUCAGAGCUUAGUGAUGCCUUUAGCAGCCAGAGCAAGAGACAGACCUGGCGAGAAGAUGGACCUUAUGAGAGGAAAGCAGGGAGCAAGGCAGGGGAAAGAUGCCCUGGUGGACCCACGAUCUCUAAGAAGAGCUGCUUGAAACCUUCAGACGUGGUCAGGUGCCUGAGUUCUGAGCAGAGACUCUCAGAGUUCCACACUCCUGGUGACAGCCAAUCCUUCAAGCCUCUGGGUAGCCCUUUCCCAACAUGGGAGGCUGGGCCACCAGAGCUUCACAGAGGUGUCGAGGCUGACAGGAAGGCUGCUCAGAGUGGUGUAAGCCAGCAACCUCAAGCCCAGCAGCGGAGAGUCACCCCAGACAGGAGUCAGCCCUCACAGGAUUUCUACCAAGCACUGUAUAGCUAUGUGCCGCAGAACGAUGAUGAGUUGGAACUCCGAGAUGGAGAUAUUGUUGACGUCAUGGAAAAAUGUGACGACGGAUGGUUUGUUGGCACUUCAAGAAGGACGAGGCAGUUUGGUACUUUUCCGGGCAACUAUGUAAAACCUUUAUAUCUGUAAGAAGACUGAAAAUCACAGAGAUUAUUUUUCUCGGAGGAUGAAGCAUCAUUCAUGAACUGGUCUCUUUAUUUAAAUAUUGAGUCAGCAGGAAAUUUAAUGCAGUUGGUAAAGAAUUCAAAGAGAGGAACGAAGAAGUGUGUUAAAACCCACUGUGUACCAGGGCUUGACUGUGUGCUGAGGAAACUGGUAUUUACGUGGCUGCUCUGGAAGCUGCUCCAGCCCCACUGUUCGGGUAAUCUGAUCUGGAGUAGUGUCCAUGGGCAGCGUUAGCCAAAACUGUGCUUAGUCUUCGCCCAGUCCCAUUUCCAAGGGGCCCCCUGGGGCAGAUAGCUCAAUUCCUAGCCAUGUCCCACAGGCCCAGCCUGAGCAUCACUGAUCAUGCCUGCCUCUAUCCCUGGCUGUCCCAGAACCAGCAGAACCCCAGUGCUGCUAGAAGCCAGUCUGGGUUGCUGAGGUUCUCCUUCAGCACCACGACUUGAUGAGGUCUAGGUAAAGAAAUGGAGGCAGACCGGGUACCCUGGCAUUCAGUCAGCUGGGUGACAUUGCUCUUGACUGCUCUGAUAUUCAGACAGAAAGCAUGCCAUAUUUGUCUUGAGCUUGGGAGCAGGUGGCCAGGCAGAUGGGUUACAUUUGUGUUUCCACGUGACUGAGGCAGUCACCUUGCGGCUCUGGAGGUCACUCGGAGUAUGCUCCUUUCCUGGUCACCACCACUGGCUGAGCAGGAUGGCAUGUGCCUUUCUUCUCUGGCUUAGUAUGAGCUCGAUACCCCUGAGCCCACAGAAUCCAGAUGGGGCUCUAGUAGUUCUCUUAGCAUGUGUAGGAACAAGCUGGCUGCUGGGCCACCAUGCUAAGGCACCCUCAGACCUGGAGGGAUCCCGGCUUUGCCCGUGGAGGAAUGUUGUCUCUCCCGAUCCUUGUCCCCCUCCUCCACAGCACCCCAGGCCAGGGAGUCCUGAUGCACACAGGGAAACAUCCAUUCAGAGCCGAAGUCAUAAUACACUGGUAUGAAGCUGCAGUUCUGCUCCUUCUGAUGGCCACCAGGAGUCUGUCCUCUGUGGGUCCUGGCCGUGAAGAAGGGACCCCUGGGUGCUGUCACCACACUAAUUGUUAGAUCCCUAAUUGACACAAAGCUAGGUAUGGCCUGUCCCCAGAGCUCAACUUGCCAGGGGUUCAGCUGAGUGGACGACACAGGGAAAGGAGCCCAAUCUAGAGAGACUGUGAUAUGUGCAGAGGGUGUGAGAAGGGAUGAGUUUCUCCUGGGGUGGGUACCCUAGAAAACAUCGCCAGGUUUGCAUCUCCCUCAGCCCACUGAGGAUGCUGGGAGAACCUUUGUCUGAGGGUAUUUCUGUCUGGGGAGACUUGGAAUUUCCCCCAGACUCUGAGCCUCUUACUCUACCCUCAAAUACACGGACAGGGUCACAGAUAGCAGGAAUUGUAGGUGAUGGGGGUAUAUACUGGAACCCCUGGCUCUCUGCAUGUAGUUGAGAAUCAUGCUCACCACUAUCCCAAAGUCUGGAGUCUUUACAAGUUGGAAACAUUUGUUUUCAGUGGCUGUCCCAGAUAGCCUAGGAUCCCACUCACUCCCCCCCCCCCCCCCCCAUCUGCCACAGUUCUCCAAGGAGGCUCUCAGGAAAGACACUGCCUCUGAUUGAUUCACACUGAAAAAUAAGCGGGUGAUAGGAGGAAUGUGUUGCCUCUUUCAGGGGGCGUGGUUUUUCACUGACAGAGCAGAGCCUUUAAUCCCAAGGGAGAAAGGUGUGGAACUGAGGGGGGUAGAAGCUUCCUGGGCAGAAAAGCCCUGGUGACUCUAUGACCUGUUGCUUUGGAAGCUUUGCUUCACUGGCCGGUAGCACUGCUUUUUUUUUUUUCUUUGCCCCUCUCAAGGGAAUAUAGCAAAAAAUAUAAUAAUAAAAAUAAAUAAACGCAUAUGUGCAUUUUUUAACCCGUUUGGAAUGUAGUCCUUGCUCUAUCCUAGAUGCCAAUCAUGAACAGUGCAAUUGUAUCUAAAUUUCCUGAGGGGUGCUUUUUGAUUAAGUAGGUAACUUCAAACACCCCUUUAAAUACAGCUAGAAAAAAAAAAACCAUUUUGUAAAAGCCACAUUUGCAUCUAAUGCCAGCGUCACACAGAUGAUCUCCCAAAAUCCAGGUAUGCCCAUCUUUAAUAAAAAUCUUUCCAGCUUCCUGUGUAUGAGAAGAAAUGAAAAGAGCGAAGGUUUCCAAUUAAUCCUUUGUCUUCAGACAUUUAGUAAUAUAAAGUACCUAUUUUUAUGCUGAAAUGUUUAUACAGGUUUACUAACAGCAAGCGCAGCUAACUGGCGGCAUGCCUCACAACACGGUUUUGAUAUAUUAGCCAUGCUUCCCAGGUAAAUGCAUGCCCCAAACUACUCACCUUUUGCAGUCUCUCUGGGAUCAGUAAAAGAAAAAAACAUCACGUUUGAGAAGUGGGACUGUAAAUAUGUAAUGUAUAUUUAACUUUGUGUAGCCCAUGUACCUACCUUGUAUAGAAAAUAAUUUUUAAAACUUGAGCAGAAAUGGAGUAAAAUAAGGAAGUCAUGAAGGGUUGGUUUUUUUCCCACUUUUAUUUAAAUGAAGGAAUUUCAAAUAAUUCACCUGCAGACUUUUAGCACAAAAAAUAGUCAUUGGAAGUUGUUAACAUAUACAGUUGUUCUUUGGGGAAAAGAUGACAACUAUAAUAUCAUUUACAGUUUUGGUUUUGCAGUUCUGUUUUUCUGCAGUAGUAUUAAAUCCUAUUGCUGGAAAAGGUUACUACCAAAACAGAAGAUUAUAUUCAGAAAACAAUAACUGACAUAUGUAACCUACUAAGGUGUUGCAUCUAAAUUCCACACCAAGCGCAUGUACUAUGCAGACACAGAUUUUUCUGUUCAUUUAUUUUUCUUUAUUGCAGUGGAUUGAUUUGAUAGACAUGUUGAAUUACUACUUUGCUGUACAUAUUAUUUAAUAAACUUUAUUCAGAAU